AUGUGCUCCAGAGGAAUUCUCAUAUCUGGUCCGAAUGGUUGUGGGAAGAAUACACUGGCCAGGUGCAUUGCCGCCGAACUUGAUCUGCCAUUGGUGCUUGCAUCUGGUAGGCAGUUGAUGGUGGGUGUUGCUAGUGAGAAGAGUGAAAAUGUUCAAAAGUUGUUCGAUCAAGCUAUCUCAUUGCAGCCUUGCCUCAUAUUAAUCGACGACAUAGAUCUAAUUGAUUGCAAAAAUGAAACUGCUUCUUCGAAUAUGGACAAGCCAGUUCUAAAUAAUUUAUUAAUAAAUAUUGAUAGAUUGAAUCAUUCAAAACACAGGGUUUGGUUGAUAGGAUUGGCUGGGAAACGUGAAAAUGUUGAUUCAGACUUGCUGCGUGAUGAUAGAUUUGACGAUGACUACCACGUUAGUCUGCCUGAUGCUUCGAACAGGACACAACUUUUAAAAAUUUUUGUUGAAAUUUUCAAACAAGGAGAAAAUUGUUUAGCUGAUGCUGAAGGCUCUAAAGAUGAUGAAGAUUUUAAAACUCUAAGUUUCAAAACACCUUCAUAUUCAUGCCGAGAUUUGAGAAAAUUAGUGAAAAAAGCGAUUCUACAAUCAUUGCAUAGGCAAAAAAGUUGUUCAAAUCAGUCAUUCUCGGUUGAUUUGUAUGAUUUUGAAGAAGCACUAUGUAUUGUGAAACCAACGACGAUGGUAGAAGACACAAUCUCUAUCCCAGAAGUCACGUGGAAAGACAUUGGUGCGCUUCAAACCAUCAGAGAAGAAUUGGUUUGGUCAAUUUUAAAUCGCAUCAAAAAUCCUGUUUUGAUGGCAAAAUGUGGACCAUCGAAGCCAAAAGGUGUGAUGCUGUUUGGUCCUCCUGGAUGUGGCAAGACGUUGGUGGCCAAGGCUCUAGCCAAUGAAGCUUCCAUAAACUUUUUAUCAGUGAAAGGUCCAGAGUUAAUUGACAAAUUUGUCGGAGAAAGUGAGAGAAACAUAAGGUCCUUGUUUCAAAGAGCAAAAGAAUGCUCACCCUGUUUAAUAUUUUUUGAUGAAAUUGAUUCAAUCAGUGAGCGCAGAAGUUUUCAUGCUCAUGGUGGUGGAACGAAAGUGGUGCAACAACUGCUGACUGUGUUGGAUGGUGUGGAAAAUAGAGAUGGUGUGUUCGUGAUGGGUGCAACUAAUCGACUUGAUUGUGUUGAUCCUGCCUUUUUAAGGGGUAACCGUUUUGGCAACCUUCUUUACGUUGGUCUCCCGUCAGCUGAAGGCAGGCUGGAGAUUCUGCGGAGCCUUACAAAAAAUGGAACAAUACCAAAAAUGGCGGGUGAUGUUAGUUUGGAAGUCGUAGCAAAUGAUGAUAGAUGCAAUGGACUGACUGGGGCUGAUCUUUCUGAAUUGGUAGAUUUGGCGACGAUGUCUGCCUGGAAGUCAAAUUAUUCUGACAACGUUGUCGAAAUCAUCGUGACAUCAAAAGAUUUUGAAAAUGCUCUUUCUCAAAUUCGACCUUCCGUUUCUUCGCGCGAUUUAGAAAGUUACGAAAAAGUAGCACGACAAUUUAACUUAAAAAAUUUUAGACAAUAA